AUGAAACAUGGAGGGAAAAAUUACCUUCGAUAUUUUUGUAUAAAUACCCUACCGUCGAUAAGCAUAGUCACCAGUUACUUCUCUUCUGUUCAUUUGAUUAAGUACAACAAUCAAAACAACACACCAAAAAUGGCCGCUAAGAUGAUCAUAUUCACUGCCUGUGUGGCCACCGCACUCGCCCAAUACUCUGCCCCUGCUUACAAGCCAGCGUACUCAGCGCCCGCUUACUCCGCACCUAAGGCAUACGCCCCGGAACCCACAUACGCCCCGAAACCUUACAGCUUCGAAUACAGCGUAAACGACCCACACACCUACGAUGUGCACAGCCAAUCUGAGCACAGCGACGGAUACGGCAACGUCAAAGGAACUUACAGCCUUUUGGAAGCCGACGGUUCCACCCGCGUCGUCGACUACACCGCUGACUCCUACGGUUUCAACGCUGAAGUCAAGAAAAUCGAAGGACACGGUUACAGCGCACCCGCCCCAGCCUACAAAUCCGCCCCGGCCUACAAGCCCGCUUACUCCGCACCAGCUUACUCUGCACCAGCUUACUCCGCACCAGCUUACUCUGCACCAGCUUACUCUGCACCGGCUUACUCUGCACCAGCUUACUCUGCACCAGCUCACUCUUACGCCGCCCCGGCUUACAAACCAGCCCCAUACAAGGCAUACUAA